UUGAAAAGUGGCCGAGAUGGUUAUUGUUUUUCUCUUGGCGAUUGUGGGGUGUUUCUUUGGACAGGGGGCGGCUCAAACCACCACCAAACCGCAUAUACUGCUCAUCGUGGCCGACGACUUGGGAUGGAGUGACGUCAGUUGGAACAACCCGAAUGUGGUGAUGCCGAAUCUGCACACCCUAGCAACUACUGGUGUCAUUUUCAACCAGACAUAUUCGCAGCGACUCUGCACGCCCUCCAGGACUGCCCUUCUGACCGGAAAAUUUCCUUACCGCCUCGGAAUGCAGACAACUAUAUCUCAUAAGGAAGCUCAUGGUCUUCCCUUGGACGAAGAACUCCUCCCACAGAAGCUGAAGAAACUGGGAUACGCAACACACAUGGUUGGAAAAUGGCAUCUUGGGUCCUGUAAGUGGGAAUACACGCCUACGGAACGCGGCUUUGAUUCUUUCUAUGGUUUCCACCACGGAGGAGAGGACUACUAUACACAUAUGUCAGAAAGGGGCCUGGACUUUUGGGACGGUAGGACUUCAGUCAGCGACCGAAAUGGCGUCUAUUCAACGGAAUCUUUCGCCAGACGUGCAGAAAAUAUCAUCAGUCAACACGAUCCAAACACUCCACUCUUCCUCUACCUGCCGUUCCAGUCUGUGCAUACUCCUCACCAGGUUCCUUCUAGCUACCUGCAGACCUUCUCGACCAUCCAAGACGACAACAGGAAAUCCAUUUUGGGCAUGGCGACAGCCCUUGACGACGCCAUCAAGCGGGUCACGGACGCACUGAAGGGCAAAGGACUAUGGGACAACACCCUCACCAUUUUCAUGUCGGACAACGGGGGAAAUUACGUACAAGGACAGAGUAACUGGCCUCUCCGUGGCGCAAAAGGCACACUGUGGGAGGGAGGGACCCGUGUGCCCGCCUUCGUACACGGCAACAUGCUGGAGAGGACAGGAUACACCUAUCAUGGAAUGAUGCAUGGUGUGGACAUCCUCCCGACUCUCGUGUCUGUGGCAGGCGGAACUGAGGACGCUGGGCUUGACGGAAAGAACAUGUGGCAGAGUAUUUCUACUGGUGCCGACUCGCCAAGAACUGAGUUUGUGUACGACAUAGACAGUAGGGGAGAACGUUACGCUAUCAGGGUUGGGGACUACAAACUGAUAAAAGGGACCCCGGCUUCCAAAAACGACUGGUAUGCCCCCGCUGAAAUGCAACAAAUGGGCAUCCUUACAGAGGAAGCCACCGAUGACACGGGACCUUUUCUCUUCAACAUCAGAGAGGACCCACUGGAGAAGUCGAACCUGUACAAUGCGGUUGAGUAUGCCUCCAUACAGAGGGCCAUGCGCCGCCGGCUGAAGGAACUCAAGCCGGACGAAGUCCCGUUCCCCGACCUUGCUGAUGACCCGGCCGCUGACCCGUCCAACUAUGGCGACGUCUGGAUGCCAGGAUGGUGCUAAGGUUUAUUACAGGUCUGUGACGUCACCGCCAUGUCACAUCACGUGACAUUACAUCACUGCAUGUGACCUCUAUGUCACAGGCCUUCUAUUUUCGGGAAAAUGGUUCUUAAAUUUCCUCCUUCACAUGUGACUGUCCUUCGGCUAUGGAAUAAAGAAUAAUGAAA